AUGCGUUUCUUUCUGGCUCUUGUCUCUCUCGUUGUUUUGGCAGAGUGCAAGCCCCAGGGUUACAACUAUGACAGCGGCGUCUCGGGCUCUUCGUCAGGUCUGAGCAGCAUUGGCGCCGGAUUUCUAGCCGCCCCCAGUAACGCUCAAAGUCUUGCCUCCUAUGGUCCAUUAGGAGCUCUACAAGGCGCCGGUGUCGGUUCAUUUUUGGGCAUCGGCAGCAGUUCCUCAGGCAGCAGUGGUGGUGGCUUCGGUGGUGGUUUUGGUGGUGGUUUCGGUGGUGGUAGUAGCAGCAGCUUAAACAACAUUGGCUUUGGGGGUGUUGCCUCGUUCAAUGGCGGUGCAUCCAACUACCAAACGCAACAGCAGCAGCAAGAGCAACAUGCGGGCUUUGAAGCACCUAUUGUGCACAAGCAAUUCAUCACUAUUUCCGCGCCCGAGGAGCACGAGAACUUGGAACGGUCCAAGCAUCUGGUUAUUGGUCGUCCGCAGAAAAACUACCGCGUGGUUUUCAUUAAGGCACCAUCCUCUAGUAACGCUAAUGUCAAGUUGUCAGCUCAAUAUGCGCCACAGGAGGAGAAGACCGUUAUCUAUGUGCUAAGCAAGAAGGACUCGUCGCUGGAGGUCAACGACAUUGCUACUCCCGCGCCAACGGUGCCCAGUAAGCCUGAGGUCUUCUUCAUCAAAUACAAAACUGAAGCCGAAGCUGCACAUGCACAACGCCAGAUUCAGGCUGAAUACGACAAAAUCGAGGGAACCUCUGAGCACACCGAUGGCGGUGUGGCGCCUGCCCAGUCUGUUGUGGGCAUUCUGGAUGGUGGUGCAGCUGCUAAUAUUGGUGGAGCCGAUGCAGCUACCUACCACGGCUCGUCCAGCACUAUUAACAGCAGCACGAGCGGCUAUUCAGGUGGCGCCAGCAUCGGUGGUGCAACCAGCGGACACAAGGCGGCCCAAAGCGCCACCUAUUUACCACCUGGCGGUCAUUAA